AUGAAGAAUAGAUAUACCGAAGAAGAUAUCGCAGAGGCUCUUAGAGCGAUUACAAAUGGAGCAAGCAUACGAAGAGCUAGCUUGGAUUAUGGUGUUCCACGUACCACACUUCACGAUCGAAUAUAUGGUGGAGUUUCGCAUCAAAACGGCGCCCAAAUACUUCAAAAGUUAUCUCCAAUUCAGGAGAAUCGACUAGCAGAAUGGAUAUUAGUACAGGAAGCUCUUGGUACUAGCCCUACACAUCGUCAAAUCAGAGAGAUGGCAGAGCACCUCCUUAUUAAGCAACAUCAAAUCGAUUCUGCACGAGUUUCAGGUGCUACAUCUGAUAUUAUUAAGAAGUGGUUCCGGAACCUCGCAAUCCCUGAAAUCAAGGCUAUUAAGCCGGCCAACAGAUGGAAUAUGGAUGAAGCAGGUAUAAUGGAGGGUCAGGGUCUUAAUGGACUAGUAGUAGGAAGCACUGAUCGAAGAUUUAUUCAAAAAAAGCAACCUGGAUCUCGAAUUUGGACCUCUUUUAUAGAAUGCAUUUCAGCCAAUGGAAAAAGCAUUACUCCCCUUGUAAUAUAUAAGGGAAAAUCAGUUCAACAACAAUGGUUUCCAACAGAUUUGACUCUAUUCAAGGGUUGGAACUUUACCGCUACAGAAAAUGGAUGGACUACAGAUGCUACAGCUUUAGAAUGGCUGAAAAAGAUCUAUAUCCCUCAAACUACCCCUAUUCAGCCGGAAAAUUCAAGACUCCUCAUUUUGGACGGACACGGAAGCCAUGAAACUACAGCAUUUAUGUUAGAAUGCUUUAAUAACAACAUAUAUCUCUUAUUUCUCCCACCACAUACGUCACACGUACUACAACCACUCGAUUUAUCUGUGUUCUCACCCCUAAAAAGUGCAUAUCGAAUCGAACUUAAUAAAUUAAGUCUAUUAUCCGAUUCCUCACCAAUUGGAAAGCGCAAUUUCCUUUCUUGCUAUCAGAAGGCUAGAAUAGAAGGUUUAACUAUUCAAAAUAUCAAGUCUGGGUGGCAAGCUAGUGGUCUUUGGCCCAAAAAUAUGGCUAAACCUCUUAUGAGUCGACUUUUGCUUGAAAAUAGCAAUAGAGAGGUUUUAUCACUUAAUCCUGAAUCUGAUGAUGAUCCUAUUCUUCAAUGGAAUAUAUAUUCAUCAGAUAUAAUGAUUCAAGAGAAGGAGAUCGAUUUGCCAACACGAAGAUUACUAUUUCGCAAGAUUAUAAAAGGAUUCGAUGCUAAGGAUUAUGAACCCUUAGAGGCAGAGAAUAAGAUUAGAAAGCUAGAAUAUCAAUUAGAUGAAGCAUUACCUAGAAAAAGGCGAAAGGUUGUGGUAUCUCCAAAUUCGAAGUUCGCAGGGAUUAGAGCUAUAAGGCGUACACAAAUUGAAGCUGGAGAUCGUGAAGAUGAGGUAGAUGAUAGCUCUAGUGCUAUAGAAAGUGAUUCUACAGGCGAUUUCAUUGAAGUUCAAUAG